AUGGCAGCUUCCUCCAUGGACAGGAUUACCCAGUGGGUAUCGUCCCAGGAGGUCGCUGCCGACCUCACCGUCAGAAUCGCCGACUCCGUCUUCCCUCUCCACAAGGCGGUGAUGGUGCCCAAGUGCGGCUACAUCCGCCGGGCCGUGGCGGCGGCGAGCCAGCCGCAGGGCACCGGGGCCGGCGCCGUCGAGCUGGACCUGUCCGCGCUGCCGGGCGGCGCCGACGCCUUCGAGAAGGCGGCGCGGUACUGCUACGGCGGCAGCCUGGAGAUCACGGCGCACGACGCGGCGGCGGUCCGCUGCGCCGCGGCGUUCCUCGACGCCCCCGACAUGGCCCGCCGCGCCGAGGACUUCCUAGCGCAGACCGCGCUCCGGUCGCUGCCCGACGCUGCCGCCGUGCUGCGGUCCUGCGAGAUGCUACUCCCGGCCGCCGAGGAGCUCGGCGUCGCGCGCCGCGCCGCGGACGCCGUCGCACUCGGGGUCUGCAACGAGGCGCUGUUCCCGACGGCGAGGCCGGGGGCGGGGGCGACCGGGUGGUGGGCGGCCGAGCUCGCGGCGCUGUCGCCGGCGUCGUUCCGGAGGGUCGUCACGGCGCUGCGGUGCCACCGCGCGGGACCGGAGGUGGUCGCCGCCGCGGCCGUCGCGUACGCGGAGCGCGUCCUGGCCGGGAUCCUCGCGCCCGCGGCGGCGCUCGGGCCCGGCCGCCGGGACCGCGACGCCGUCGUCCGGGCGGACGCGGACCAGCGCGCGCUGCUCGAGGCCGUCGUGGACGCGCUGCCUCCCGCCGCGGACGCGCCGCUCCCGGCCGCGUUCCUCUGCCGCCUCCUCCACGCCGCGGUCACCGCCGAGGCGUCCGCCAAGACGUGCCGCCACAUGGAGCUCCGCGUGGCGGCCGUGCUGGACCAGGCCACCGCGGGGGACCUGCUGGGCGUCGCGCUCGAUGGCGCCGGGGAGCGCGUCAGGAACGCCGACACCGUGCGCCGCGUCGUCGCCGCGUUCGUCGAGCGGCAGCAGCGUCAGCCGCCGCAGACGCAGGAGGUCCGGCGGCCGUCCCUGGCCGCGGGCGAGCUGCUGAGCGCGACCGGCGCGCUGGAGAAGGUGGCGAAGACGGUGGACGAGGUGGCGGCGGAGAUGGCGACGGAGGAGUCGCUGCCCAUCUCCAAGUUCGUGGGCGUGGCGGGCGCGGUGCCCCGGGACGCGCGGCCGUCGCACGACUACCUGUACCGCGCCGUGGACAUCUACCUCAAGACGCACCCGGGGCUGGACGAGAUCGAGCGGGAGAAGGUGUGCAGCGUCAUGGACCCGCUCAGGCUGUCGUACCAGGCGCGCCUGCACGCGUCGCAGAACAAGCGGCUGCCGCUGCAGGCCGUGCUCAGCGCGCUCUAUUACGACCAGCUCAAGCUCCGCAGCGCCGACGGCGGCGGCGGCGGAGGCGGCGCGGAGGAAGGAGGGUGGGAGACGCAGUCGGCCGCCAGGAAGGCCCGCGCGCAGGCGCGGGCUGACGCGUCGCUGGCAAGGGAAAACGAGGCGCUAAGGUCGGAGCUGGCAAGGAUGCGGGCGUACGAGUCGGGGAUGCAGCAGCACAGCAAAGGGAGCGGGUCGAGGUCGUCGUCGUCGUCGCGGGUCCCGGCGGCGGCCGCGGGGAAGAAGGCGAGCUUCUUGGGGUCGGUGUCCCGGACGCUGAGCCGGCUGAACCCGUUCAAGGGCGGGUGGGCCAAGGACACGGCCAGCAUCGCCGACGGACGUGACAGGAGCGCCAUGCAUGUGGUCAAGCCAAAGAGGAGAAGGUUCUCCAUUGGCUAA